AUGCUGAAGGCCAAGAUCCUCUUCGUGGGGCCCUGUGAGAGUGGAAAAACCGUUUGGGCCAACUUCCUGACAAAAUCUUCUGACAUCGCCGAAUACAACCCAACCCAAGGAGUGAGGAUCCUGGAAUUUGAGAACCCAUAUGUUACCAGCAACAACAAAGGCACGGGGUGUGACUCUGAGCUCUGGGAUUGUGGUGGCGAUCCAAAGUUCGAGUCUUGCUGGCCAGCCCUGAUGAAGAACUCUUAUGGGGUGGUGAUCGUCUUCAAUGCUGACAUCCCAAGCCACCUGAAGGAAAUUGAGAUGUGGUAUUCCUGCUUCGUCCAGCAGCAGUUUUUACAGGAUACUCAGUGUCUGUUAACUGCACACCAUAAACGAGGCUCUGGAAGUGACAAAGCAAACCCAGCUUUGGCACCACCCCUGAACAAGCUGAAGCUGGUGCACUCGAAUCUUAAGGAUGACCGGAAGAGAUCAGGAUGGAGUUCAUAA